CUGGUGGCUAUAAGUGGCAGCGCCGGGCUCAUCGAGGCUUCAGUCCACUGCUGCCGGGGCCGGGGCCCGGGUUAGUGCUGGAGCUGGACCAGGAGGAGCUGCAGCUGGGCCGGGGCGGAGCGCUCCCCCGCGCCGGGGCCGAAAGGAGGAGCGUGUUGCUGCUGGCCCACCGCGAGCCGCCCCCAGCCCGCGCCGAGGCGCCUUCCCGCCAGGCCGCCUGCCUCCGACCUUCCGCCUUUCUCCAUUUCCCCGGAAUCUCAGCCCGGUGCGCCUGGACCCCUGCCCUUCUCUGGGUGGACAAGCUCCCGGCCGCCUCCCGGUUUCACUCCUUUGCAGCCUGGGUUCCCAGCUCCCUCUCUCCUUUUCCUGGACUGGGUCUCACUCCCUUUGGUCCUCUUCCUUUAGCUCAGGCUCCCUACCGCUUCCCUCAGCCCAGAGUCCCAGCUGCUCAGUCACUUUCCUCAGCCAAAGGUCCCAGCCUCCCCUCUUCCUUUCCCUUGCACGGGUCCAGCCUGUCCUGCCCUUUCUUCUAUUCCUGGGGCUCAGUUUCCCACAUCCCUCCCCUCCUCCCAGGGCCGGAGUUCCAGAACUUUUGAUCUCCUUCCGUGGUCUUUCCUGGGUCUUUGUCCCCUUUCCCCACUUUAGAGAUCCAGAUUGCAAACUCAGGCUCCCUCCACUCCCAGAAAAUUCCUUCCACCGAAAUGCCUCUCUAAAACAUGAACUUUUCCUAGAGACUACGUUAGUUUGUCUUCCCACUUGCUGACCCUUUGCUACCUAUGUGCCCGGUUUUACUCUCACUUCGCUAAGGUCGAGGCCGGCUCGGGGAGCACCACCAUGCUUCUGCAGUCUGGCAUCUGUGGCCUCUCUCCACCUCGGAUCUUCCCUUCCUUGCUCGUGGUGGUCGCUUUGGUGGGGCUCCUACCUGUUCUCAGCAGCCAUGGCCUCCAGCUCAGCCCAACUGCCAGCACCAUUCGAAGUUCAGAGCCACCGCGGGAACGCUCGAUUGGGGAUGUCACCACCGCCCCACCGGAGGUCACCCCAGAGAGCCGCCCUGUUAAUCAUUCCGUCACUGAUCAUGGCAUGAAGCCGCGAAAGGCCUUUCCAGUCCUGGGCAUCGAUUACACACACGUGCGCACCCCCUUCGAGAUCUCCCUCUGGAUCCUUCUGGCCUGCCUCAUGAAGAUAGGUUUCCAUGUGAUCCCCACUAUCUCAAGCAUCGUCCCGGAGAGCUGCCUGCUGAUCGUGGUGGGGCUGCUGGUGGGGGGCCUGAUCAAGGGCGUAGGCGAGACACCCCCCUUCCUGCAGUCCGACGUCUUCUUCCUCUUCCUGCUGCCACCCAUCAUCCUGGACGCGGGCUACUUCCUGCCGCUGCGGCAGUUCACAGAAAACCUGGGCACCAUCCUGAUCUUUGCUGUGGUGGGCACGCUGUGGAACGCCUUCUUCCUGGGCGGCCUCAUGUACGCCGUUUGCCUGGUGGGCGGUGAGCAGAUCAACAACAUCGGCCUCCUGGACAACCUGCUCUUCGGCAGCAUCAUCUCUGCCGUGGACCCCGUGGCGGUUCUGGCUGUCUUUGAGGAAAUUCACAUCAAUGAACUGCUGCACAUCCUUGUCUUUGGGGAGUCCCUGCUCAAUGACGCCGUCACUGUGGUCCUGUAUCACCUCUUUGAAGAAUUUGCCAACUACGAACACGUGGGCAUCGUGGACAUCUUCCUCGGCUUCCUGAGCUUCUUCGUGGUGGCCCUGGGCGGGGUGUUUGUGGGCGUGGUCUACGGGGUCAUCGCAGCCUUCACCUCCCGAUUUACCUCCCACAUCCGGGUCAUCGAGCCGCUCUUCGUCUUCCUGUACAGCUACAUGGCCUACUUGUCAGCCGAGCUCUUCCAUCUGUCAGGCAUCAUGGCGCUCAUAGCCUCGGGAGUGGUGAUGCGCCCCUACGUGGAGGCCAACAUCUCCCACAAGUCCCACACCACCAUUAAGUACUUCCUGAAGAUGUGGAGCAGCGUCAGUGAGACCCUCAUCUUCAUCUUCCUCGGCGUCUCUACCGUGGCCGGCUCCCACCACUGGAACUGGACCUUCGUCAUCAGCACCCUGCUCUUCUGCCUCAUCGCCCGCGUGCUGGGUGAGGGCCAGGGCUGGGGCAGGGUAGGGGGGUAG